UCAGUGUUGAGCUGUUAUUGGACAAGGCUAGUGAGUGAGACGCCAGGAGCUGGGAGGGGAACGGACGAAGGGAGGUGGGUGGGUACCGGUGUAAGGAGCGCGGACGUUGUGUAAGAGUUUGCCGUCAGUCCGCGCCGUACAUCGCCGCCAUGCAGAGGUACGCGGGUCGAGUUGCCAUGGUGACAGGAGCCAGCUCCGGCAUCGGCGCUGCCAUCACGAGGGCGCUGCUGCGGCACGGUGUCACCGUGGUGGGCGUGGAUUUGCAGCCGGACAGGAUGGAGGCAUGGGAGUUAAAUGACGCCACAGGAAAGUUACAUCCUCGCUACUGUGAUGUCAGCAAUGAAGAAAGCGUUGUAUCUGCAUUCAAAUGGACUCUAGACAACCUGGGAGGUGUCGAUAUUCUCAUCAACAGCGCUGGCGUCUUCUUUGAUGUAACCCUAACUGGGGGAGCCACUAAAGACUGGAGACGUAUGUUGGACGUGAACGUGUUGGGUCUGAGCAUCUGCACCAGGGAGGCCGUGCAGGACAUGCUGAGCAGGGGCGUCCAAGAUGGCUUUAUCAUCCACAUCUGCAGCCUCGCCGCUCACAUCCCACCACACGAUCCUGAAUACGCGAUGUACUUCGGCAGCAAGACCGCUGUCAGGGUGCUGCUUGAUGGACUGAGGAAAGACUUGCUCGCCCGGAACAGCCGCAUACGCGUUGGAGAAGUAUCCCCUGCGCUGGUGAAGACGGAGAUCUCGAAGAACGUGAGUGAAGAUAACCAAGCCUUGUGGGAUUCCCCUUGCCUACAGCCAGACGACGUGGCACAGGCAGUGUUGUACAUGCUGUCACAGGAGCCGCACGUGAUGGUGUCUGACGUCAUCAUUCGAGCUACGGGCUCACUCCACUGACAGCGUUCGGUGUACGACCGAGGACCACAAAGAAGUUUAAGACUUUUACAAGUCUUACAACAAAUUUAUUAAAAUUUUAAGCCUAUAAAAGAUUAAUCCAUAACAAUUUAUUUUAAUGAUUCGGAUUAAAUAAUUAUUGAAUGUA